AUGUCCAACAUUAUUCACAAGAUGUCCGAGAAGAUCACGGGCCACGAUCACCAUGACGACGAGCGCGACGAGCGGGGCAACACUCUGUCGUCCGAGCAACGCCAGCAGCGCGAGCAGGGCAUGCCCUUCACGGAGCACAAUGACCCAGAACAGCGCGCAAUCCCCUCGCAGCGCGUGGGCGGCGGCAUGCAGAGUGAGCGCAGCAAGCUCGGCGGCUACCAGCAGCAGCAGCACGACCUGGGCGGGUCCGGCGGCGACUUCGGCCAGACGCGGUCGAUGCCCGAGGAGCAGAUGCCUGGCGCGGUGAGAGGCGGGUCGGACCUGAACGCGGAGGACUGGGACGACGAGGACGAGGCGGACGACGAGGGUCGCGGAACGCGGCGCGGGGGAGAUUACUCGGACGAGUUCCAGAAGCGGUACUGGUGA